GUCAAGGUCAGUGAAAUCUUAAAACUAUGUCAUUUCGUGACUCAGUAGAUUAUGUGUCACAAGAUCGAAUCAGCCAACUUGCUCGUACUUAUUGGAUUACAACUCAGGGGCCACUAAAAAAUAGUCAUCCUUCAGCAUGUCCAACAGAUACAUACAGACCUUUUCAACCAAAUGUGAUGGAACGGAUUUAUCGUCAGGAAUUGCUGGCCUCUGGAUUUUCACAUCGCCGAUGUCUAGCUCUUGAAUUGAAUCAGUAUUUAGAGCAAUGGCUUUGGCCACAUUUUGAACCAGAUACUAGCAGCCGUGCCCAUGUUUUAUCAAUAUGUGCAAUGGUUAAUGAAAAAGCCCGUGGUCGUGUUCCAAUAUGGCCGACUUUUGUAGUCACAGCGGAUAAAUUUAGUGGGCUUAUUCAACGAGUACUGCAUAUUCUACUUGAUGAAUCCCCACAGAUAUUGACGGUUAACCCACUGCUCACUGAGAUCAAUACAAGAUCUAAAGAUGAUGAUAAUGAUGGGAAAGACAAACACCAAACGUCCGAUGAGUCGUCGAAUCCAGUACAACAGAAAAAAUGUAUUCUGGAGCAUAUAGUUCUUAUCAUUUUCUUAUCACAUUGUUUUACAAAUUUGGCUGAAGUUGGUGUAUUACGACGUAGUCUUCGUGAAUUAUACAGCCUAGCCAUUUGGCAAGAUCAUCUUCAACCGACUCGUUUAAGUCUUGAACUAAAAUCACAUCCACGAUAUGCUCGCUUAUUAAAAAAAUUACAAAAAUAUCGUGAUACAAAAGUUUCCCCUACUGAACGAGAUAAUAUGGUAUUUCAGCAUUCAUUUAUUCCACGAAUUUUGGAUGUGUUUUUAAUUCUGUUGAAUUCAAUACCUGAAAAGGAUGAAGAUAAGGUAUGUAUGUAACUAUCGAUUUUCGAUUUGGCCUCUGAUUUUUCAAAAGCAAAAUUAACUAGCAUUGUGAAAGGAAUUGGAAUAAUUAUGUUUUGUGUACGUUUAAUUUUCAACAUACGAGCAGGAGUAUGUUAGAAGAGAGUUGAUGGCGCCCAAACUGGGACAUAGCAUCAAGUCAUGAGUCUGUUGACUGUUGGUCUGAACCAAGUUGGUAAAUGCAUACUACAGAAUCGGGAUCCAUGUGAUGAUUGUUAUCAAUGGUUGAACAUAUUAGGUGGGAUAUUUUAAAAUUGGUCUCAGCGGCGCUGCUCUAUUCAUCUAUCUUUCCUUAGAUAUUGAGUCUUAAUAUAAUUCUAUACUUUUUAUCUUAUCACUACAUUUAUUCCUUUCGGACCAUAUUGUUUAUAUGUAGUUUUUCUUACUGUCAUUGAAACUACUAUCCCGACUCAUUUAUUAUCCAUCUUGUUAAUUUCACCUCGCCUUGCUGUUAUGGUAUAACAGCUUGAACCGAUGCAUAUUUGUUCUAACUCGUAAUCUGAUCGACUGAGCAGUAUCAUUAAUCAGAAGUAAUAAUAAGUGACAAAAUGGGUUAAAUACCAAAUAGUCAUCCUUUCAGAAAUUGAUGUAAUUAUUCGAUGCAAGGUCAGUUUUUCAUUCAUAUCGCUAGACUUUCCUAAAUAACGAAAGGUUUUUCUCUCCAAUUCACGCAGUUGAUCUUAUUUCAACAGAACACUAAGUACCUUAUCAGUUGAUUAUCAUGUCGGUUGUUUUUUUGUUUUUUUCUGAGGAGUAUUGUGUUCCCAAGCCUUGACUUCAAUAAGAUGUAUAUCGUGUACUACUCAUUCGAUCCUAUAGAAACGAACUUCUUCGUUGAAUAAAUACACUUAAUUUUCUAGUAUACAUUAAACCAGUAGCAUAAUUUUUACAGUACAUUUAUGAUAGUUCUUUACACAAAUUAGUGCGCAAAUAGUAACUACAGUAAAUGAUUGUAUCCUUUUGAUCAGAAACAACAUAUCACUAUCACUGAAUAAGGUGACAGAUCAUUACAACACACUUUCUUGAAGUAAUUCACAGAAAAGUCGUACUUGCCGAGACUUGUCAGUCAAACUGGUGCCAAAUUUAAAGAGCCUUUUUCACCAUGAGUAAAUCUUCAAUUGUCAUGGUAGGUUAGGCAUUUAAAUGAGCCACUAGACAGUUAAUAAAGCUAGCUGUUUAUUUAAAUAUCUCCCUCAGUGAUAACUGGCUGUGGAUUUAAACGGUGUGAGACCUAACGUUGGUGGAGCAUAGGUCACUUCUAUGGUUACAAUCUCAUCUCUUUUCAACGCCUACCGGUAUGCACAAAAUUUAGGUUCAAGUUUUCGGACAGUUUUUACAACCUAAUAAAACAGAAUCCUUUGUCAUGCAAACUAUCGUACAACCAUACUGAAUUAUUUUAAUUUCCUCUCCUUUUCUUUUAAUUAAAGCCCAUAGAACCUUUGUUGAUUCACUACUUAGAACGUUUCAUAUUAUUGCUAAUCGAUUUGGAAAGUAUGCUGCUUACACGUCGAAUAUUAAAUGUUGUUCUCGACGAUAGACAUAUUGUUGUAUAUUGUCAGAAAUCUGCACUUAUCAAACGUCCAGAUGGAAAGUUAUUUUCAGAACUAGUUGAUUUGCUAGCUUUUUACGCUCAUUUUCAUAUUGAUGAAAGUACUGGCGAACCAUUGGAUGAAGCGGAAAUGGAUAAAAGACACUGUGCUAAACUAAGUAAUUUACAAUUGAGAACAUUUGCAUUGCAUAAAGACAAACUUCUACCAUUUUCUGUCUCACAUCCUGCUGGAAUUGAAACUGCACAAUUGUUACGUAAACAUUUAUCAGUGUUAGACAGAGAUCAACUUUAUCAACUAGCUUCAUGUUUUGGUCUUGUUACAUUAAAAAAAGAAUCUAUUCAAAAUAAUGAACAAAAUAAGAUUGAUGAUACUAACGAUUGUCAGUUACCACCUGCAAAACGAAUUCGUUCAAAUGAUCAAGAUGUAGAUGAGUUUGAUUUAAACUCUCUUAGAGAUAAAUUAGAAGCUAAAUUUAUGGAUAAAGAUUUGAUAAUUCGAAUUGUAAUUCAUCAUUUUGCUCGUCGUCAAUCUGAAUUGGAAUAUAUAAACAGUUUAUCAUUAUAUCCUACAGAAGAUUUAAUUUGGGAUGAAAAUCGUGUUCCAACGGAAUACUAUUCUGGUGAAAAUUGUUUAGCUUUACCAAAAUUAGGCUUACAAUUUUUAACUUUACAAGAUUACUUACUAAGAAAUUUCAAUUUAUUUCGUUUAGAGUCAACUUAUGAAAUCCGACAAGAUAUUGAAGAUGCUAUUGUUCGUUUGAAAGCAUGGCGUGGUGAAUUUGGUCAAGCCGUCUUUGAUGGUUGGUCAAGAAUGGCUUUACCAAUACAAGCAUUUAAUAUUGUUGAGGUAGCUAAACCAGAUUUAGGUGCUAGACAUCCAGCACGUGUACGUGCUGAUGUGCGUGUAGCACUUGCUGGUCUUCGUCCAGAGAUUCGUAAAGAAUGGCUUGGUUUACGACGUCAUGACCCAGUGUUUCUAGUAACAAUACGACCUACUAAACAACAAGGAUGGAAAUUUAACACGAACGAACCGUUUGCAUCACAAGUUGGUUUACAUUAUGUUCGUGGUUGUGAAAUUGAAGGUCAAGUCGAUAAGGAAGGUAAACUAGUACCGGAUGAAGAACGUCUAGGCUUUUUACCAUUAAAAGGAGAAAAGCCUAACUUAGUUGAUACUUUACCAACAUGGCGUGUACGCUUAGAUCCCGUACAAUAUCAAACAGAUUUAGACCAUUUAAAGACUGAACAAAUGCGUGCUGAAGUGUUACGAUCAAAAGUGAUUCGAGCAAAACGUGAAGGACGUACUACUGAAGAAAUUCAAGCAUUACAGUCACAAGUUGAUGAAGCUGAACAAGUUUCCCCAGAAGAUUUAUAUGAUACAUUCAAUGUUUUAAUUAGACGAAAACCAAAAGAAAAUAAUUUCAAAGCUGUUUUAGAAACUAUAAGGGAUCUUAUGAAUAUUCGAUCUGUUGUCCCUGAAUGGUUAUUAGAUUUAUUAAUGGGUUAUCUUGAUCCUGCCGCUGCACAUUAUACACAUCGUUCAGAUGUAUAUGAACAGCGACAAAAUUGGCUGGAUACAUUUUUAUCUCCAGAACAUUUAAAACACUCAUUAUCCCAAUAUAAUGUACAAUUUACAGAUAAACGUCAAAGUCGUAAAUGGAAGUCUAGUUGUCAAGCUGAAAUAUCAGAUAUAACUGAUCCCACAAAUCAUCUACCUGGACCACCUUAUCGUCUUAUUUUUCCAAAAUUGGAAGAUGAUCCAACUGCAAAAGUCGAAGCAAUGAUUCCAUCAGAUAUGAUUAUUCAGAAGCAUUCAACUAGUAGUGCUAAUGUAGAUACUUCUAACAAUAACUUUAAAAAUGAUGAAAAACCGAAUUUGAUUGCUGAAGCCUACGAUCCACCUUUACAACCGCCUUGGAGUUUACUUGCUCAGGCUGGAGGUCAUUUACCUAAUAGCCUUUCAUCUAUGAAUUCUAAACUUGGUAACAAAGUGCCAUUCACACCAGCACAAAUAGAAGCUAUUCGAUCUGGUAUGCAAUGUGGUUUAACUUUAGUAGUCGGUCCACCUGGUACUGGGAAAACAGAUGUAGCUGUACAAAUUAUUCAUAAUUUAUAUCAUAAUUAUCCUAAUCAACGCAUUCUUAUCGUAACUCAUUCAAAUCAAGCAUUAAAUCAAUUAUUCGAGAAAAUUAUCGCUUUAGAUGUUGACGAACGUCAUCUUUUACGUUUGGGUCAUGGAGAAGAAGGUUUAGACACUGAUAAAGACUUUUCACGUUAUGGUCGAGUUGAUUAUAUUUUAGCUAAACGUAUACAUCUUUUACAAGAAGUGACACGUCUAGCAAAAACUUUAAAUCCAUCAUCAGCUAUUCCACAAUUAUCUACCGAUAAUCUUCCUGAUUCUGAUUUAUCUGAUUCAACAAAUAGUUUUCAUUUACAAACUUGUGAAACUGCUCAAUACUUUUAUAUUCAAGAAGUUCUAUCACGUUGGGAAGAUUUUAUUAGUAAGAUAGCUGCAAGCGAUACAUCACACCAUUUAAUGAGCAGUACCAAUAAAAAAAAUCAAUCAAUGACAGAAGAAAAAACGGAAAAAGAUGUGAUUUAUGAUCCAAAUUUAAUUCGAAAUAGUUUUCCGUUUACAGAAUUUUUCACUGGUCAAAAAACUCCAUCCAAUGAAGUAAUGAGUCAAUUGUUUCCGGGUCAAAAUCUCUUGGAAGAUGUUGCUUUAGCACAUGCCUAUUUUCGUUAUCUUCAUUCUAUAUUUACUCAACUAGAUGAAUUUCGUGCUUUUGAAUUAAUGCGUACCGGUACGGAACGUGCCAAUUAUCUUUUAAUCCAAGAAGCAAAAAUUAUUGCAAUGACAUGUACACAUGCUGCAUUACGUCGAAGAGAUUUAGUUCAACUAGGAUUUACAUAUGAUACAAUUCUAAUGGAAGAAGCAGCACAAAUAUUAGAAAUUGAAACAUUUAUUCCAUUACUUUUACAAAAUCCUGAUAUAUCUGGUAGAAAUCGAUUAAAACGUUGGAUUAUGAUUGGUGAUCAUCAUCAAUUACCGCCAGUUGUUAAAAAUCAAGCAUUUAAUAAUUAUUCCAAUAUGGGUCAAUCAUUAUUUGCACGUUUAGUGAAACUUGGUGUACCAACUGUACAAUUAGAUGCACAAGGUCGUGCUAGACCAUCACUUUCACGUUUAUAUAGUUGGCGAUAUGAUCGAUUAACUGAUUUACCGCAUACAUUGAAUGAAGUACAAUAUCGUUUGGCUAAUCCAGGCUUUAGAUAUGAUGUACAGUUAAUAAAUGUUGAAGAUUAUAAAGGUAUCGGUGAAUCUGAACCCAGUCCAUUCUUCUAUCAAAAUUUAGCAGAAGCUGAAUACGUUGUUGCAGUCUACAUGUAUAUGCGUAUAUUAGGUUAUCCAGCUGAAAAAAUCACGAUACUCACUACUUACAAUGGUCAAAAACAUUUGAUUCGUGAUGUUAUAGCUGCUCGUUGUGCACAAAAUCCUUUAUUAGGAAAUCCAAGUAAAGUAACCACUGUAGAUCGUUUCCAAGGUCAACAAAACGAUUACGUACUAGUUUCAUUAGUACGUACACGUACUGUUGGUCAUUUACGUGAUGUUCGCCGUUUAAUUGUUGCUCUAUCACGUGCUAGGCUUGGAUUGUAUAUAUUUGCUAGGAUUGAACAAUUUGCCAGUUGUCCAGAAUUAAAACCUGCUUUUGAUUUACUUUUAAACCGUACGUCUGAAGAAAGUAGACAGAUGAAACCGACUGAACUACAUCUAACGCCAUGGGAAGUAUGGAUUGAUCCUCGUAGUCCAACAGUAUUGAAAGAACAACAUCGUCUACAAACUGAUCAUAAUCUUAAUCAACCGCCUUUGAUCAUUAAAGAUAUGCCACAGAUGAGCAAUUAUGUUCGUGAAUUAUACGAUCAAAAAUUGCAAUAUUUAAUGACUCAAUUACAAAAACAACAACACGCACAGAAUAAAACGAUAACAGUAGCGACUACUGGUACUACUGCUACUACUACUACUACUGUUGGCUCAAAAGAUAUUGCUAUCAGCAAUGAUUCAUCAACUAGUUUAUCCGUUUCAUGCACAGGUUUAAAUGAAUUACCUCAAGAACAACAACAGCCGGAGUCGGUUACUACUGAAAAUAAUCAUAAUGGUGAUGUUAUGGAUACCAGUCAAGGAUUAGAUCAUACUCCCAAUCUUAUGUUGAUUGAUAAUGAUGACACCGCUGGCGUUGCUAUCGAUACUCCUACUGCUUCUCCUACCAUCAACACAGAUGAAGCGAACGCUGACAAUUCUGUGGAAAUGACAGAUACUAAUUAGUUUUUUCUAUGUUUAGUAAUGUCUUACUGUUUUUAUUAUGUUGACUGUAUAGAAUAAAUUUUUUCAUCUAAUUCAAGCUUGUUUAUUAACAUGAUUU